CGGAUAUGGAAGAUUGAAUGCAAUAGAACUGAAAAAUGGCGCAUCAGAGUAACAUUAAAAAAACACUGGUUUAGAGGGAAAAUUUCAGUUUAGCAGUUGCCACGAAAAUCUCGCGUUCAAAAAUUAAUUUAGAGGGAAGUAAAAGCAAUCAUCCGAAUGUAAGCAUCAAUUAUUCGUUUUCUGUUCGAGAAUCAAACAAACUGGCUGUCCAAUCUUUACCGAAAUUAGGAAGAUGAGAAUGCACAGGAAAUAAACGGGGGCGACCUUUCUAAGUAGAAAAAGAGAAGUCUGCAAAUGGAGUAAACGUCAAAGCUUUUGUCUCACGGUCGGGGAAAGCUCAUUGUGGUGGUUCGUCUCCACAAUUUCUGGGAAAACCGCUUAAAGUGGCGUGGAAAAUUCCUGUGAUAGAAUUGUACGGGACGGUGUUCAUGCAUUCCAAGCUCCCUGGAAUGAAUCGGAACCUAACACGUCUGGAAAUUUUGCGCUCUGGAAUACCUCGUUUCCUUCUAAAGGGGGGCUGUACAAACAUCUUGUUUUUAUUGGCACGGACAAACAGAUAUUCUUGUUUUAGUUGGUGUGUUGGCGAGGGUGGAUUGAAUUGUAGAAAGAGGGCAAAUGUAUGCGGAGGAGAAGAAGAUUUUGGGGAGAAUGGGAAGAGAAAGGGGAAAGGGAAGAUCAGGAAGGUAAGAUGUGUGCGUGGGUGAAGGGAAGGCAGAGGGAGAAGCAGAGGGAGAAGGAGGAGGAGCGGAGGAGUUGGAUUUGGAUGGAAGGGAGCAUAGAGGACGUAUUGACAGUGCCCAUUCAGCUGACGGAGCGAGUGCGGGAGGCGGUGGUUGAGGUGGAUUCCUUCAAGCAGGAAUGUUCAGACAUCGGCAGGCAGGUGGAGCGUUUGGCCCAAAUGCUGCGCAGCGUUGCUAAGGUGGCGAGUGCCGGUGUGUAUGAGCGGCCAAUGAGGCGAAUUGUGCAAGAAGUUGUGAAAUCCCUGGAGAAGGCUCUUGCCCUCGUCCGCAAGUGCAAGCGUAGCGGAAUCCUUAAGCGUGUCAUAACCAUAACUUCUGCGACAGAUUUCCGCCGGCUCAGCUCGCAGCUGGAGAGUUCUAUCGGUGAUGUCAAUUGGCUGCUCAAUGUUUCCACGGCGGGCGGCGGCGGCGGUGGCACGGUAAGCCUUCCGCCUAUUGCUAGCACAGACCCCACGCUCGCCUGGGUUUGGGGGUUUAUUUCUAGCGUACAUAAUGGAACCCUCGCAGACAAGGAGGAGGCCGCCAACAGCCUUGCUUCCUUUGCUGUGGACAAUGAUCGCAACGGGAAGAUCAUCAUUGAGGAGGGAGGCGUGGCUCCCCUGCUGCGGCUCCUCAAAGAAGCGCAGCAGUCUUUGCCCGCUCAGGUUGCUGCCGCCACGGCCAUCGGUAACCUGAGCUCGGACGAAGAGCGGGUGAGCCAGAUUGUGGAGGAGGGCGCAAUUACCAUUAUGCCGGGGAUUCUCUACGAGGGCCCCAUGAGGGUUCAGGCCAAGGUCGCCUGGGCGCUCUCCCGGAUGGUAUCCUUUGAUCCUGAAGCGAAGGAGGCCUUUGGUCAGAACAAUGUCAUUCGCCCUUUGGUCUCGCUCCUCGCCUCCCAGAUCCAGAAGGACGUCAAAGUCGACAGGAACAAUAAUCUUUCAAUUCAUUCUGUUGUGCAGCUUGGCAUUCACAGGCGCACAGACAGUGGCGGGAGCUCCGUUGGAGCCGAUCAGUAUAACCAUUACCGUGGAGGGUCUUCGGCAAAUGCACGGAAGGAGCGAGAAGAGGAGGAUAUGGCCGUCAAAUUGGAAUUCAAAACCGAGGUUGCCCGGGCGCUCUGGAGGCUGGCAGAGGAUAGUGAUAGUAACAGCAAACGGAUAACAGACACCAAGGGUUUGUUGUUGCUGGCUAAAUUCAUAGAGAAAGAAGAGGGUGAAGUGCAGGAGAAUUGCCUCAAGGCGUUGAUGGAGAUCGCUGCAGCGGCGGAGCGCAAUUCGGAUUUGAGGAGAGCGGCGUUCAAGACCAGUUCUCCGGCUGCCAAGGCCGUGGUGGAGCAGCUGCUGCGUGUGGUGGAGGAGGGAACGCCUAACUUGCAGAUUCCGGCAGUCAAGGCCAUUGGCUGCUUGGCUCGCACAUUCCCAGCCAGGGAGAGUAGAAUCAUUAAGCCUCUGGUGAAGCAAUUGGGUCACAGGGAGGCUUCUGUGGCUGCGGAGGCUGCCACGGCGCUGCAGAAGUUUGCUCACCCCACCAAUUUUCUGCACACUGAACACUCCAAGGGAAUAAUUGAAUCAGGUGGUGUGCCCCCGCUGGUAAGAUUGUUGAAAUCGGAAGACAAGGACGCGCAGCUCCCAGCCCUCGUUCUGCUGUGUUACCUUGCUAUGCACGUAGCAAAUAGUGAUGCUCUGGGCAAUGCAAAGGCAUUGAGUGCUCUGGAGUUGGCAUCACGGACAAGCAUUGCACAAUCCCCAGUUGCAAAGGAAUUGCUCCCCAAGGCGAUAAAGCACCUUGAGCUUUAUCAGCCCGGCUCCCAUCACCCCCAUAGGGAAAUGUACGAUUAGCCAUAAAUGAAAUUUCAUUUGGCUUUAUCUAUUGUGUGUGCGUAUACCCAUAUCCACCCAUGAAACAUAACCUAACAUCCUUCGGGGAGGACAAGGGACUUAUGCAUGUAAGCCAGAGAGAGACAGCGAGUGAGAGCGAACACAUCAAGGAUGCAGUCAGUUUUCCUGCCCAAUUAAUGGAGUUAUCCGUGGAAGCCCUUUUCAAAUGGCUUUUCUGCUCAAAAUUAAUGGUGAUUUUGCAUACAAUUGUUUAUAGGGAUACAAGUGUAUGUGGCUUUAAAUUUAUUGCAAUUCUUUUAAAAUGCAAUAUUUUUGGCAUGGUUUAACGAUUUUAUUACAGCCACUUCCAAAUUUUGUUUUAUGUUAUGGUUAUACAAGCAUGGUUGGAUCGGUAGGCUAUCUAGCUUUUUGUUUCUAUUGUAAAUUGGGUUUGAAGUCCCCGGAAACUGUUUGGCCAUGCAUCUUUGUUGGUCCAUCAUUGAUAUCAGGACAUACUAUGAUGUAUAUAAAUUUGUUAUACUUAUCUCAUUUGCCAGGUAAGUUUUUCAGUC